GCUGCUGCAAGGGCAGCUCUGAUGCUGAGGGGGGAUGCGGUUGCACCGGGGCGCGCAGCCCGGGUGUCUCGCGCUGGGGCUCUGGGCUCCUGGAAAAGGGGGCGGAGAGGAGCGACGAGAGGAAGGGGGGCUGAGGUCACCCGCGCUCUCCAUCCCGCCCAGGCUGCGAGCGCCGCUGGGCGCUGAGGGACCAGAGGAGCCCAGCGCGCCCGCAGGUUCCGCGCUGGGGCAGCGCGCGGAGGGACGUGCUGCGGUGCCUAGCGGAGCCCAGCGGGAGCGCGGCGCUGCGCCAGAGGAGCCCGCAGCGGCCGGGAGAGGAGCCGGGCGCGCGAUGGCACUGGGAGCCGCGCGCCCUUCGCCGACAGUUCUGCGGGCGGCCCGGGAGGCCAAGAUGUCCGGACUAGAAGCCUGCACUGUUUUGAGAGGGAGAUGACUUAAGUGGCCAGCUUUUUAUCUCCACAACGAUGUCUAUGAACAAUUCCAAACAGCCAGUGUCUCCUGAAGCUGGGCUCCUUUCAAAUACAACUUGCCAGACGGAAAACCGGGUUUCAGUAUUUUUUUCAGUAAUCUUCAUGACAGUGGGAAUCUUAUCAAACAGCCUUGCCAUUGCUAUUCUCAUGAAGGCCUAUCAGAGAUUUAGACAGAAGUCCAAGGCAUCAUUUCUGCUUUUCGCUAGUGCCCUGGUAAUCACAGACUUCUUUGGCCACCUCAUCAAUGGAGCUAUAGCAGUCUUUGUAUACGCUUCUGAUAAAGAGUGGAUCCGCUUUGACCAGUCGAACAUCCUUUGCAGUAUUUUUGGUAUCUGCAUGGUAUUCUCUGGUCUGUGCCCACUUUUUCUAGGCAGCGUGAUGGCCAUUGAGCGAUGUAUUGGAGUCACCAAACCAAUAUUUCAUUCAACGAAAAUUACAUCCAAACAUGUGAAAAUGAUGUUGAGUGGAGUGUGCUUGUUUGCUGUUUUCAUAGCUUUGCUACCCAUCCUUGGGCAUCGAAACUAUAAAAUCCAAGCAUCGAAGACCUGGUGUUUCUACAAAACAGAACACGUCAAAGACUGGGAAGAUAGGUUUUAUCUUCUACUCUUUUCUUUUCUGGGGCUCUUAGCCCUUGGCGUUUCAUUCCUGUGCAAUGCCAUCACGGGAAUCACACUUUUAAGAGUUAAAUUUAAAAGUCAGCAGCACAGACAAGGCAGGUCUCAUCAUUUUGAAAUGGUCAUCCAGCUCCUGGCUAUAAUGUGUGUCUCCUGCAUUUGCUGGAGUCCAUUUCUGGCCCCCAGCAGGACCACUGUCCGAGAAUUGUUGCCAGUGGAGUUUUAAUCAACAAUCCUGCUGAUCCUGAUGCACAAGAAAGUUGGGGAGAGCUUCUGUGGCUGACAGAUUCCGUGACGGCUGACUUUAUUUUACAAAAGGAUUUCUACUUUUUGAAUAUUUCUUUAUUCAUAUUAUGUCCUCACACUUUGAAUUUAGCAUCUUCAAUUGUUAAAUCACUUAAAUAUUUUUUCAUGAUGUGCCUGAACUGGUCCUAAGAACCCAACCACGGGGGAUGGGGGUCAGGUUGAGAUUGUCAGUGGCAGGUCAACAUUUUGAGGCCUGCUUGUUGUCAGUUUAGGAGGCCUGGGGUGAACCCAAGAAGUGAUCUGAUCUGUGCUCAGAGUCUAGUUAUUUGAAUCUGAAUAGCAGAGAGCAGUUCUGUCAAUACUUAGAAUCACUUUAGUGCUCAUUCUUGGAGAUUUUAAUUUACACCACUCAACAAAGGGAAUUUCCCUUGGACAAUGCUUCUUCUUUUUUCCUUAAACUUUGAAACACAGUAACUUUUCCAAGUAAAAAGUGAGUAUGAAUAGCACUGAAAUUAAUUUGUAGGUUGGAAAGGGAAUGUGAAGAAGGUGAGAAAAGAGGUACCUGAAAAUAUUUAAAGAAAAAUUUUAAAUGAGGGCCCUAGCGCUGGAGAGAAUCUGAAAACAACAAAAUAGUGAACUCAGUGAGAUACAAGAUAGUCUGGACAACUGAGAUAAUCACUGGUGCUUUGGUUUUUUGUUUGUUCCAGUCACGUUUAAAAUCCUGCUUCGUUCUGGCUUCUGACUGGGAAAUAGGAAUGACAGGUUAGCUGCGGUGACACGGUGGAAGGUAGCACAAUUUCAUGCUCAUCAUGGAUAUUUUGAACUUAUGUUUUUCUUUAAUUUCUCUUUCUGAAUUCUUGGCUUCCUUCACUGUUAAAUUGGAUAUAAUUUAAUUCAUAUUUUGAACAUAUUUUUAGUAGAAGCAUAAUUUUAUUUCUGAGAUCUGUGUUCUAUUUACAAGUUAUCAAUACAUCUAUGACACCAAUGUAUCAGUACUUUUUAGUGUGAGAAUUAUUUCUGUGUGAGAUGCAUGGUAGAUAUACCACAGAUGCAUACUCCUUUUAUUUGAAGCAUUCUUUGCAUUCCUGGUUUCUCUUGUGGAGACCUGGGUCUUCAUAGCACAUUCUGCCUAAAGGAUUUAUAACUUUUGUGGUCUGGACACAUGUGCCUUGGGCAUUAGGUUAAGGCCAUCAGACAGCUCUAAAUGGAGCCCUCAUAAAAAACUCAGGUUUGGGAAUGCCAAAUAGCACCCAACACUAAUAUCUCAUUUGAAACAUUUCUCUUUUUUUUCCCUUAAAUGCUUACAAAAAGUGCAUAGAUAUUAAUGACUGAGCCAUCAUUCUCUAUUCUCCAUUUUUAUUUUAUCUUAUAUUUUUAAUUUUUAAAUUUUAUUUAAGUCCGAGUUAGUUAACAUAUAGUGUAAUAAUGAUUUCAGGAGUAGAAUUUAGUGAUUCAUCACUUACAUAAAACACCCAGUGCUCAUCCCAACAAGUGCCCUCCUUAAUGCCCAUCACCCACUUAGCCCAUCUCCCACCCAACACCCCUCCACCAGCCCUCAGUUUGUCUUCUGUAUUUCAGAAUCUCGUAUGCUUUGCCUCUCCCUCUCUAUUUUAUUUUUCCUUCCCUUCUCCUAUGUUCAUCUGUUUUGUUUCAAUUCCACAUAUGUCUACUGUCCAUUUUUAAAGUGCCUCUGAAAUCAAGCUUCUGGAUUCCCAUAGUUGUACUAUAAUGCUGACAGCUUCCACAGUGCCCUACUUUACAUCAUGUGUCUUCUUUCUAUGAUUGAUGAGUAUGAAUCAACUGGAUUCAUACAAUCUAAACCCAAUAAAUCAUUUGGAUUUAUAAUUUGAAUGAACAUCUAUACACAUUUUCUGACCUGUUAUCACUGUCAUGUUCAAGCCUCAAACUGAAACAAAGAUACAGGUGCACUCAUGAAAAGGAGCAGAUGAUAGUGUUUGUGCUUGACAAGAUUUAGUGCAUCAGAAUUUAUCAAUAGAAGCAUACUUUCUAAAAUUAUUUAAAUUUGUAGCUGAUGACAAAGGGAAUACUUUACUAACUUUGAUGAUUAGGUUCAGUCAAUACAAAGUAAGAUGAUCCUGUUGUUUGAGUUUUCUCUUCCUUUGUGUUUUUAAUAGACUUUAUUUUUCUUGAGUACCUUUAGGGUUACAGGGAAAUGAGUGGUAAGCACAGAGUUCACAUAUACCCUCUCAUGUCCCUCCCACACCCCCAGGUAUCCUUAUUAUUAAGUCUUACCUGGGUGUGGUACAUUUGUCACAAUUCAUGAGUCAAUACCGUUACAUUCUUAUUGACUAAACUCUGUAGUGUUUUACCUUAGUGUUGUAGAUUGUGUGAGUUUUGAUAAAUGUAUAUUGACAUGUGUCCACCAUUACAGUAUCAUGCAGAAUAGUUUCAUUGCCCUAAAAAUCCCGUUUUUUUUUAAUUUUUAAAUUUAAUGUGUUAUUUUUCCAAAGGAGGAAAUGUGUGUUUUCAGGAAUUAAGAUUCAGAAAUGUAGUACAAAAAUAGUAUUAGUUUAAAAUAUAGCUCAUCAAAAUUUUGAAAUUAAAAAUUUUACAAUAUCUGGAUUUUAUAGUUUUAAACAUGGUGAGCUCAUAUAAAUUCGGUUAAUUACAAUCCCAACUGAAAAAUACAGGAAACUACAAUGGGCACUUAUUAGCUUAUGAUUUCAUUUAGCAACAAAUUAAUACAAAAAUCUUUAAGAGUUAAAUGGCAGUUAUAAAAUUGUCUUGUGCAUAUCCUAGGUGAAUCACUUCUCCUUAAUAAAUAAAUCUUAAAGACAUUCUUUCGUUGUUUCUAGAGUGAGGGAAAAAAAACCCAUUUAUCCACACUUCAAGUAACAUUUUCUUAUUAUUUUUGCCUUUAUACAAGUAAUGAUUCUUUUUAAUGUUCCAUUUCUAGAAUAUGUAACCCUGAAAAGAAUUCAUUAUUAUUGCUAUGCUUAUUUAACCAGUUUGGCAGAGCAAUAAAUACUUGUUGACUGGUUGACUGUAACUUAAGUAAUAUGAAUGUCAAAAGAUUGCAAAUGAUUGACCAGAAUGUGGAUUCGCAGUUUUGUAGGUAAGAGUUAAUUAAGCAAAUACUGAAACCAAGUGGUAAUUUUUAAUCUGUUCCCUAAGUCAGCAACUGUAGAUGCUAUUAAACUUUGACAAUCUUUUACUAGAAGGCCAUACGUUUGUUUACUUUCUCUUCAGGGAUAGAAGAUAAUUUUGACUUGGGAAAAGAAGUGUAAAGUAUAUGAAAAGUACAUAGAUUUCUUAUGUAGGUGGGUUUACCCAAGAAAUGUGUUCUCUUGCAUAUAUAAAUUUUGAACUUGAUUUUUAAAAAGGCUAUUACUCUUACGCUAGUGUUUCUAGUCAAUGUAGUUAAACAUUUAGUCACUAAGAUGUUUGUCAGAUAUAAAUAACAAAAUUAGGUAGCUGAUUGAAGUUUGACUGAAUUACUAAAGGUAUUGGCAUCAUAAUGAACAGGUCUUAGAGGGCUAAUGGCAAAUGAUAGGUGAGCCUUGCUCUCCGGGAAGUUACCCUUAGCCAACGGAAGGUGCCUUGACUGUGGUGCACCCUUUGGUCACUGUGUAUGCAGGGACGGAUGGUUGUAGAGAUACAAAACUCUUACCCCCUUGCCUCAUUUAGGACAUUUCUGAAGGGUCAUCCAUACUUCAGAACUCACUGGCUGAGGCCUUUGUUGCAAAUGCACUGAACUCUGCUUCCCUCUUUGCCAAACCCUGCUUCCCUCACCAUCCCACACUCCCUGGAACCACUCUCUGCUUGCAGAUCUCUGUCUCAAAGUUUAUUUCCUGCAGAGUCCAGCUUAAGACAGUCUUUCAGAAGCCCAUUUGUUCAUAUAUUAUCUAAAUAGAACAUAUAUUACACAUAGGUUUACAGUCUGAUUCGACUAAUAUAUUGAGCUAUGUAUACAUCUUUGGAGUUGAAUUCCUUUUAGUUUAUUAUCUCCCUCCAUGGAGCAUAUAGUGUAAAAUUGGUCCUGCAAAGGUCAAUCAAUUAAAAAAGACAUUGCUAAGCUGACGAUUUUCAUAAAAAUCUGCUUUAUAUGUGUACAGUGGUGUGGAAUAAUUUUGGUAUUUUAAGUUCAUUUACUCUUAACAAAACAUGAUUUCCUGUUUUUAAGGAGAAAGAGUUAUAAAAAUGCCCAAAGAUACCAUAGACAUUGGGACGGCACUUAAAAACAUUGCUUGAGUGAUUCAAGUGUAAAUGAAUCAGAAACAUGUGGAUUUAUUUAUACUCCCUUGGAUAUAAAAAUCUUCUGGCUUAAUGUGUCUUGGGGUUUUUAUUAAGCUCCCAAACAUUUAAAGAACAAUUCAAGAUGUUAAUGUGCCCAGAAUCUCUCUAGGUUGCCAGUUUUAACUUUAUUUGUUUAGUCGUAUCCUUACAGGGGGGUAUAUAAAAUGCCUUCCAUUUAUAUUUGCUCUGGAAGGCAUUUAUAAUCACAUGAAAUUUACCUCGGAUAUCAAUGCUGUUUAUCUAUAUUUAGAGAGGAUUUCAUCCAAUAGGAAAAAAACUGCCUUUUGAUAUUUGCAAAUAUUACUAUUCAAAGCUUGUAUAAGUUUGUCAUUCUGUCCAUCCUCUGUCCUGGGUGUAAGUAUGGUAGUGUCACAAAAGAGCGGGCACAAUUAUGGCUUCAUACAGAUGGGGAGGUGGUUUUUCUCACUCCCCCUUGGCUAAUAAAUCCUCAAAAAGAAUUCAGACAGUGGAAUGUCAGAAUGGAGUGGCUGUGGUAUGGUGGUGAAGGAGACAGAGACAAUGGGAUUAUGUAAAAGGAUUUAUUUUUAGCUUUUAGUGCACAGUUUCAAAUUAAGCCUUCUCUUUAGGUACUGUAGUUAUUCAAGUACAGGAAGGGGACAGGAUCCCAGCCCUAUCACCUCUUAGCUGUCACAUGGAGCUACUCUAAGCCAAUUCUGUACCGUUGUCAACCGAUUAUAAUAAAGCUAUUUCCUUAAAAGUGCUAUCAGAAAAAAUGAUUUGACCUCCCCACAUCGAUAGUACAGUGAUUGGCUCGUAGUAAAUCUAAAAUCCCCAAAUCCUGCCACCCACCAUCUCAAUUAGAAAAGAUCAUCCCUGUUUAGUUCAGAUGCUUUCCAUGUUCUCCUCUAUGAAGAAGCUUUGCUUGCACUGGAAAGGAGCAUAGGGAGCUCGCAGCUUCAUAAAACUUUUCUUGGACAUUUCCACCUGAAGUUUCAGGUCACUGUUCCUUAUUUCACUGUCUCAUAAGAAGUAAAGAUGUCGCCUCUUAAUCUUUUGCAUCUUAUUCAAAUUCUCUAAUAUUUUAUAAUUAUAAUAAUUUACAAGGUAUUAAUGUACAAAUUAUUUAAAUCAAGUUAAAAUUAGUUCAAAAUGAUUGAGACUGUUAGGUAUAAGGCAGUAUGCCCAGGUUGUGAGUAGUUCUAGGGAGUGAGAGAUAAAGCUCUUUCCUCAAAGAGCUUAUAGCUUGGAGUAAAAGAUAUACCCUGAGAGCUAAGAUAAGUCUUAUUUCUUCCACUUCCUGGCUGUGUGACCAUAACCACUUUGUGCCUCAGUUUCCUCAUAUGUAAAAGGUGUUGUAAUAGUUCUCAACUUCCUUGGGUUGUUGUGAGGACUAAAUAAAUUAAUAAUGCAAGUUAAAAUAGUGCCUGACUUAGUAUCUAUGCUUCAGUUAUUAUACUAUUAUUGUUAUGGUUGCUCUUAUGAUUAAAUAUUAAUGCAGGGGUGCCUGGGUGGCUCAGUCAGUUGAGCAUCCGACUCUUGAUUUCAGCUCAGAUCAUGAUCCCGGUGGUUGGAUUGAGUCCCAUGUAGCUCUGUGCUGGACAUGGAGUCUGCUUAAGAUUCUCUCUCACUCUCUCUCUCUCCCUCUGCCUCUCUCCCCAGCUCGUGUGCUCUUUCUGUCUCUCUCAAAUUAAAAAAAAAACAACAAAACAUUAAUGUUGCCAGACAGUAACUUUGUCAAUGAGAUGAUUGAAGGCACUUUUUAGUUAUUAAAUGAAUAAUGGAUGCUAUAGUAGAUGGCUGUCCAUGAGUUAUUUAUUUAUUUGACAAAUAUUUAUAGAGCACCUACCAUUGUGCAAGGCAGUGUUUUAGAUACUAUAGUAACAAUCUCUGUGAUUUAACUGUCACAAUAUCUGUGCUGUAAGCAACAAUACUUGUAGACGAUGAGAAGAAAGGGUAUGUGUAGCAAAUUGAAAUAUGAAGAUACUUGAUUAUAUUUUCUAUUCUAACAGAGUAACAGGUAUUCUGUUGUGAAUAUUUGUGGAUGAGAUUGUUUUUUAUAACAUGAAGGUGAAAAAUUUCUAUAGUAUAUCACUUAGAAGGAAAAAUUACUUGAAGUAAAUGUGAUCCUCAGUGAGGUCAUGUAAACUGUGAAAAACAAGAAGAGAGAUCAUAAUGCAUAUAAUUCCUAGCGAUAUAAAAAUGUACAAAUAAGACAGUAUUUGGACAGGUUUGAACAAGAUAAGAAUACAGCAGGCUGUAAUAAACUAAUAUUGAAAGCUAGAAGAAUUUUCAAGUAAUGAAACAGGAGUAGCAGAAAAAUUAAAUCAUAUCAUAACAAGUUAAUAAUUCAAAUCAGUAUUUUAUGCUAUCAUUUGAUAAGAAAAGUGACUCAAGAUAUAGAAGAGAAAUAAAUGGUGAAGUGAAGCAUUACAGAAACCACCAACUCUUUCUGAGAUUAUACAUAAAGAAAGUGUUGGAAAGGACUGAAAAUAAAGAAAAAAAUGUGAACAUUCAUAAUAGAAAUGAAGAAAAUAAAAUAAUUCAUUGAUGCUUUAAUGUACUCGUUAUUUUACUAUUGAUUUGUUCAUUCAGCAGGCAUUUGCAGAGCAAAACGUGGGGUGUCUCUCCAGGUGGAGGGUGAAGCCGAGAUGGAGACUUGACCUGGGAAAGUACUCCUGAGGCACACACUAGGAAUCAUAUUUUCUAGCUUCUUCAUUUUACCCAUGUUCUUUGCACUCCGUUCUUCAGUCUCUUGCUCAUAUGUGCAUCCUCCUUUUCCUUCUCUUUCCACAUGUAAUGUGAGAUAAAUAUAACUGUUUGCAUUUUUCCAGCCUUGUCUGGGAGCAGGGCAAAGGGUUGAUUGCUUUAUUGAUUGCUCUAGUGAUAGUGGAGGAACAUCUGGGCCCAAAGGUGCAUUAAUAAGUAUUAAAUAGUAACAGUGCUGUAGCAGUCCAGCAACAGUGGUUGAUAUUGUUAUUAUGAGUACGUAUUCCUUUAUUUUGCUUCUUGCACUUAUGUUCAUGGCAGAGGACCAGAAAACAAGGAAAACGAAACCCACAGGAAUGCCCAGGAAGGACCGGGAGACAGAAUGCAGGAGUUGCGAGAGAAACAGGGACUAGGCAGGGAAGGAAGCAGAAAGCCCAGGGUAGGAGUGUAAGUGAAGAGAGAGGCACUCCAGUGUCCUAGGAAUUCCGUUGGAAAGGAAAGGCUUCUGUUUAUUUCCACAGGUAUCUUUUCCUUAUUGAGGAAUAUUAAAUUUUGU